CUACUACUACUACUACUACUACUACUACUACUCUACUUCUACCACUACUAUUAUUACUACUAAUACUACUUCCAAUACUGGUAGUAAUAGUGAGAAUGAACAAGCACAUAUUAAUUCACGUUUAACAAUUUCAAAUGCAAGUCUUACUGAUGUAGAUAGUCAACAACUACAAAUGGAUAAUUCAAUUGAUAAAGUAUCAUCUACCACAUCCGGUUGUAAAUCUUCAGGAACUAAUGUGAAGAAAAAUGGAUGGUUUCGUAAUUCACUUGGUAAAGCAUUCCGUAAAAAGACCACAUCAUCAUCAACACUAUCAAUACAUUCACAAAGUGAUAUAGAUUGUCCUACAUCAUCAAUACAACACAACUCUAUCUAUCAUAGUAACAACAACAAUAAUAGUCUUCCUCCUGGACAUCCAUCCAACUUACCACAAAGUCCGACUAUGGAUCAUAAAGGAUUACAUAAUACUAUUAUAAAUCAAUCUAAUAUGAAUUCUAUACAAUCUAAUAGUCAUAUGAAUGCUUUAUCUGUCUUAUCCAAUACACAUUUAAAUGGUUUAUCUCCAUCGAAUUCAUCAACAUUAUCAUCGUCAUCAUCAUGGAGUACAUUAGGAAUAAGUGGAAAUGGUCAAAAUAAUUGUAAUAUCAUUACAGCUACUACUACUACUACUACUACUAAUAGUAGUAGUAGUACUAUUGUACCAUAUACAAAUGAACAAAUUA